AUGACUCGACAACAGGUUGUCCUUCCGGCGCAAAGCCGGCAGGAAUCUCUGAAACAGCAACGUACCCACGAGCUGUUGGUAGAGCUGCUUUCGUAUCAGCUCGCUUCUCCCGUGCGAUGGAUCGAGACGCAGAAGUCCUUCUCACGCCAAAGUCCUAUCAUUGAACGAUAUGUCGAGGUCGGUCCUAGCAAAAUUUUGGCCAAUAUGGCUGUCAAACAGAUCGGCAGGGAAACGCACCCGGAGUCACACCUAGUAAAUAGACAGUUUCUGUCCUCCAGUGACAAUGCGAAAGACAUAUUCUACCAAUACGAUGAUAACGAGCCUGAGGCUUCAGAAAGUGAACCAACCCCUGCAAACUCCCCAGCUUCCGAGACUGUUCCUACAGCCACUGCAGCUGCUCCCGCACCUCCCCCAGCUGCACCAGUCGCAUCUGCCCCUGCUGCUGCUGCCGCCGCAGUGGAGGAUAGCCCUCUUACUGCCACUGACGCCGUCAUUGCCAUAACGGCACAGAAGUUGCGCAAAGGGUUUGAUGAAGUCCCUACUUCGAAAUCCAUACAAGAACUUUCUGGAGGAAAGUCUACGUUGCAAAAUGAGAUCCUGGGCGACCUUGGUGUCGAACUGGGCAACUUACCCGAUGGUAGCGAGGAUUUGCCAUUGGCUACUCUUGGUGCUGCAUUGGCAGGCUCUUUCAAAGGGGAGCCAGGGAAACAAAUUUCAAGUUUGAUUGCGAAGCUCGUCUCAUCCAAGAUGCCCCCAUCAUUUAACCGACAGGCCAUUCAACGCUACCUAGGCUCACGAUGGGGUCUGGGACCUCAACGUCAGAACGCUGUAAUCACAUUCUCUAUCACCCUUGAGCCAGCUUCACGAUUGGCGAGUGCAGAUGCUGCUCAGGCAUUUUUUGAUUCCGUGGCUCAACGAUAUGCAUCAUUUGCUGGGGUUACAUUAAGUGCUGCAUCAGGUGGCGCAUCGUCAUCACAAGCAACAGUUGUCGAUUCUGAAGCUCUGCAGGCUGUAAAGAAAGACCAUCAGAAAAGCCUUCUCAAAAUCCACGAGGUUAUCAGUAAUUUGGUUAAGGAGAUGGGCGAGGGUGAAGAUGACAAUGCCACCGUGAGCGCGGAUAACAGCUUACUGGAAAAGCUCGACCAUUGGGUCUCCGAAUUUGGCGAUGAUAUGUACUUGGGAACCAAACCAAUAUUUGACGCCCGCAAGAUCCGCGUAUAUGAUGCGUGGUGGAACUGGGUCAGAGUAGACCUUAUAGAGCUGAAGCAAGAGCUCCUGAAGGGCCUGCUUACUUCCAGCGACAUCUCGGACCGUAUCCGCAUGAUCAUCAAUAGAUGGACAUCGUCAUGUGGUAACAUCCUUAAAUCGUUGUCAUCGGAACACGCGGUAGUGAAUCAGCUGAAAAACCAGACAAGCAGUCCCAGCGAAAACUCACCAGUAUUCUUAUAUACAAAGCCAGCCGAAGCUCCUCGGACGAGAAUUGAUGAAGCUGGGAAGACGAUUUACGAAGAGGUGCCCCGAGGUGCUUCGGGCCAAAGUCUCACUUAUGCCCAUCUGAUCAAAGGGGGUGCCUCUGGAUUACCCAAGCCAGUUAUACAGCUUAAACAACAGGAUGGAAACGAAUGGAAGUCCAACAGCAUCUGGACCGAUAUUUACGUGGAAAACCUACUUCUCGGUGAAACAACCGGUCUUUCAUUUUCAGAAACAACUGCUCUCGUUACCGGAGCAGGACCUGGGUCGAUUGCGUCUGGAAUUGUUCAGGGAUUGCUAGAGGGAGGAGCCCAGGUCUUUGUCACAACUAGCCGACCACCACCAGCCGCAACGACCAAAUUCUUCGAUGAGAUGUAUAAAACACAUGGAUCAAGAGGAAGCAAGCUCACCGUCAUACCAUUUAACCAGGCUAGCAAACAAGAUUGUGAAGCUCUUGUCAACCACAUAUACGAUACCAAGGAGGAGGCCAGAGAUCUCGAUGUUAUAGUUCCUUUUGCCGCCAUUGGAGAAACUGGACAAAUAGAUGGCAUAGAUGCCAAAUCAGAGCUUGCGCAUCGGUUGAUGCUAACCAAUCUACUUCGCAUGUUGGGACAUGUCAAACAGCAAAAGGAGAAGAGAAGAUAUAACACACGGCCAACCAGUGUGAUUCUACCCCUCUCUCCAAAUCAUGGAACAUUCGGUGGUGAUGGUCUGUACUCAGAGUCCAAACUUGGCCUUGAGACUCUCUUCAACCGUUUCCAUUCGGAAGGCUGGUCGGACUAUCUCACCGUUGUUGGCGCGGUCAUUGGCUGGACACGCGGAACUGGGUUGAUGAACACCAACAACAUUCUCGCUGAAGCUGUUGAGGCUGAAAAAUCAAUUACGUUUAGCUCAUCGGAGAUGGCAUUCAGCAUUCUUGCUCUUAUCCACCCAGAGUUAAUGGCUGCGGCAGAAAACGAGCCUAUCUUGGCUGACAUCAGUGGAAAUCUGUCAGAGAUUCGAGACCUCAAGGCAAUUAUUUCGAGAGUCCGUCAGCAAUUGUCCGAUCGUACAAAGCUUCGGCAGGCUUUGAACGAGGAAAACAGACGCAUGAAUGCAUUGUUGACCGCACCCAAAGAGGAUACUCCGAAGACCAUUCUCUCCCCCCAAACAGAACGUGCCAAUCUUAAGGUUGGCUACCCACCACUUCCUAAGUUCAAUGCUGCCACAGCUGGUUUGGCAAACCUCCAAGGAUUAGUAGAUCUCAGCAAGACAGUUGUUGUUGUUGGCUUCUCUGAACUUGGUCCAUGGGGUAGCUCUCGCACCAGAUGGGAGAUGGAGUACCGUGGGGACUUCACAACAGCCGGAAUGGUUGAGAUAGCAUGGAUAAUGGGCCUGAUCGAGCAUGUUGACGGUCAAGUCAACGGUGCACCGUACAGCGGAUGGGUGGAUGCCAAAACAAAGCAGCCUAUUCAAGAUGGUGAUAUCGCUUCAACUUUUGGUAAAUAUGUCUUGGAACAUACUGGAUAUAGGACCAUUGAGCCAGAUGUUCUGGAUGGAUAUGAUCCCAACAAGAAAGAGUUUCUCCAUGAAGUUGUCCUAGAUGAGGAUCUUCCAACUUUCCAGGCGUCCAAGGCUACUGCAGAAGCAUUUCAAUUGGAACAUGGUGACAAUGUUUCCAUCUCUCCGGUCGCUGAAACGGAGGAUUGCCUGGUCAAAGUCAAGAAGGGAACUCGUUUGCUCAUUCCCAAAGCCAUUGCUUUCAACCGUACGGUUGCCGGGCUGCUUCCAACUGGCUGGAAUCCUGCGAAAUAUGGUAUCCCAGAUGAUAUUAUUACACAAGUUGACCCAAUUACGGCAUAUGUCCUCUGUUGUGUUGCGGAGGCCUUGUAUAGUGCCGGAAUUACAGAUCCAUUCGAAAUAUUCGCUCAUAUGAAUACUUCUGAGCUGGCCAAUUGCAUUGGUACUGGAGCUGGUGGAUUGGCUGCUUUGCGCAAAAUGUAUCGGGAGAGAUACAUGGAGCAUUCUGUACAGAGCGAUAUUUUCCAAGAGACAUUCCUUAACACCCCGGGUGCAUGGGUGAAUCUCCUGCUUUUAUCUUCCACUGGUCCCAUCAAAACUAAUUCUGGAGCAUGUGCCACUGCUAUCGAAGCAAUGGAUACUGGAUGCGAAUCCCUUCUGCUUGGCAAGUCGAAAAUGGCCUUCGUUGGCGGUGCUGAUGAUUUCCGAGAGGAAGCAUCUUACGAAUUUGGCAACAUGAAAGCCACCGUCAACACAGACGAAGAAGCUCUAGCAGGCCGCACUCCCAAGGAAAUGUGUCGCCCUAGCACCACUACUCGCGGUGGAUUCAUGGAAUCUGCGGGAUGUGGUAUCCAAAUCAUUACAACUGCAGAGAUGGCGCUGAAAAUGGGACUUCCGAUAUAUGGCAUUGUGGCUCAUACUCAAACCUCUAGCGACCGCAUCGGUAGGUCCAUUCCAGCACCGGGUCAAGGUGUCUUAACUGCUGCCCGCGAAGCGCCGGGAGCUGCAGACUCGCCUCUGCUGGAUAUUGGAUAUCGCCGAGAGAAGUUGAAUGAGGCUAUCAAGGAAAUUGAUACGUGGUGGAUGCAUCAGCUGCAUUUGGUGAAGAGUUUACCAGCUGAUAACAUAGACACCAUUUUGGAAUCACUUGAGAGACUCCGGGAUUCUAAAGUUUCGAACGCUAAGAACCUGUGGGGUUCCAAUUUCCGGCAGCAGGAUAGCCUCAUUUCACCUAUGCGGGCUGCACUCGCUGUUUGGGGAUUGACAGUAGAUGACAUUGAUGUUGCAUCUCUUCACGGCACAUCUACGAAGGCCAACGACAAGAACGAAGCCAACGUCAUCAACCAGCAGAUGAACAAGCUUGGGCGGUCUCUCAACAAUCCCAUCCUGACCAUUUCCCAGAAAUGGCUCACCGGUCAUCCUAAGGGUGCAGCUGGUGCAUGGAUGUUCAACGGCGGUAUUCAAGUUUUACAAACUGGCAUUGUUCCUGGAAACAGAAACGCCGAUAAUAUUGAUUCUGUUUUGCAGCCCUUUGAACAUCUCGUCUAUCCACCUCGUACCAUUUACACUUCAGGGAUCAAAGCAUUCAUGCUUACAUCUUUUGGAUUUGGUCAGAAGGGUGGCCUUGUUAUUGCUGUAUCUCCAAACCACGUGUUUGCUGCAAUUACAGAAAAGGAAUACGAAGACUAUAAAGCUCGUGCACUAUCGAGACAGCGUAGUGCUGGCUUAGACUUCAUUCAAGCUAUCCAGACCAACUCUCUUUUGAAACCCAAGGCGGAAUCCCCCUGGAAGAAGGACAAUGAAAGUGCGGUUCUGUUGGAUCCUCGUGCUCGUGCUCACUGGGAUGCUAAGUUGGGCGAAUACGUUAUAGAGGCAUGA